AUGGGGAGGGCCGGGGGCGAGGCGGGAGAGGGGAGGAGAGCGGGCGGGGGUCGCGGCUGGGAGGGGGCGGGCUCUGCCACGCCGCCCCCAUCGAGCCUCCGGUCCCGCACCCGCGCACCCCGCGCCUCUUGGCCGCCGCGCCCGGGCGGCGGGGCCGAGCCGCCGACACGCACGCCUUCGGAGGACCGGGCCGCGGCCGAGAGUGCGGGGCGCUGCGAGACGCAGGAGCCGGGCUCCGAGCAGGAUGGAGACGGAGACCCGGCGACCCCGGGCGACUCGGAGUCACGGGGCAGCGCAGCGCUGCAGGACUCGGAGGAGGAACGGGGAGGCGGAGAAACACGGGAGAGGGUUGACACACACGCACGCAGCCAGUGGUGGGGACAGGUGACACCACACUUCCUUUCCUGCUCCUUCCCGUCACUCAGCGCCCACUCGGUGCCCCAGUGCCUGCAGGGCCUUGGAGCCCGAGCGACCCCACACUUGUCCCUCCCGCAGGAAGGCGCUGUCCCUUUCCACCCGCCUGCCGCGCCACAGAAUCCGAGAAGCGAGUCUCCCCACCGGAGGGUCCCCUCCACACAGCCCCUCUCCCCACCGGCCUCAGCCCUCAAGCACUCCCAAGGCGGUUGGAGCUUCUUUAGGAAUUUUGAAGAAAGCUGAAUAAAUUUCUCACCCUCCGUCCUUCCUGUUCAUUUCCAAAUUCCUUCAGUGUCAGGUUUUUCCUAUUUCCUGAAUUGGACCAUGGCCCCAAUAAAAGGCCUAAUAAACGGGCUAGGGAGCUGGGAGAUGGAGCCAGGAGAAGUGUUUUGGGGACAGGGAUUAAAUUAAACGUUAGACCUGAAAAAUAA